UUAAUUAACCAGGAGCCGAUAUAAGUUCCCGGCGAGAUGUGGGGAGGGAGGACAUCGAGGCAGAGCGACUCCGAGCGAGCCCUGCAGAGCAGCACCUGCAGCCCCACAACAAACACAGGACCAUGCUGAACGCGCUGCUGCUGUGCUACGGGCUGCUGCAGGGCAUCCAGGCCAUCCUCACCUCGGACCUCAGCCACAGCCCCCUGCAGAAGAUGAGCACUGGGCUGGAGGAGGCAGACAGAGCAGCCCGCUACCCCAGCCUGCUGCACAACGCCAAGGAGCUGUCAGCAGAGCUUGAUGGAGCUCUUCCCAGGCUGGAUUUGGAUCAGAUGGCCCUGGAGGUGCAAGGUGAUGGUGACCUGCAGAAUAGCGGUGUGCUGGAACCACAGGCACUGUCUACAGCCCUGCAAGCUGCAGGCAGGGAGGAGCGGAGCUCCCCACGCCGCUGUGUCCGCCUCCUGGAGUCCUGCCUGGGCCACCAGAUCCCCUGCUGUGACCCCUGUGCCACCUGCUACUGCCGGUUCUUCAACGCCUUCUGCUACUGCAGGAAGAUCAGCACCACCUUCCCAUGUGGCAAGAACUAGUGCCCGUGCCACAGGGCUGCCCGCUCGUCCCCACUGUGUCUCCCUCUGCGGCUCCAAUAAAGCAGCAGAUAGAUAGCA